UUCUCGGGCUUCUCCCUCAGAUCUGCGUUGCCUCCGCUGCUAUUCCGUUAUAGCGGGGCAAAAUGGCGGCUGUCAUUCAGAAUCCUCUAAACGCGUUGGGCGACCAGUUUUACAGAGAGGCCAUUGAGCACUGCCGCAGCUAUAAUGCUCGCCUGUGUGCGGAGCGCAGCGUCCGCCUGCCCUUCCUCGACUCUCAAACCGGCGUCGCACAAAACAACUGCUACAUCUGGAUGGAGAGGCAUCAUCGUGGUCCAGGUUUGGCAGCUGGCCAGAUGUACACAUAUCCUGCUCGCUGCUGGAGAAAGAAGAGGAGGUUACACACUUCCAUGGAUUCAAGCCUUCACCUCUACGGUCUAAAUAUAGAUAAUGGCUUGACAGCUAAAGAUACUUUGCCUACACCAAGCACUACGCUGGAGGCUUUGCUGAGAGGGGACGGCUUGGACAAGAGGAACAGCACCAGAGACGAGGACCUGCUGGAGAUUCAGAGAGUUUUGGAGGCUGACGCCAACGAAGAUGGUUACCAUGACGAUGAAGACUUUGAAGUGGACAUACCAAAAAGGAAACACCGGGGAAAAGGCAGAGGUCGAGGCUCAGGACGCCGGAGGAUGGAUCAUGAUGACCAAGAUAAGCCAUAUAUCUGUGAAAACAGAUACAAACAAAAGCAUAACUCAAAAACUGCAGCUUCAGUCUGUGGGAAACGCUACAGGAAUCGUACUGGCUUAAGCUACCACUAUGGCCAUAGCCACAUUGCGGAUAAGGAGGGACCUCAAGCCAGAGACCAAGAGCCGUCGCAGUCUCCAGCCAUCAACCACCGUCCUCACAGUCGCAAACAUCAGAAGAGUCCAGAGGAAGCCCAAACACUGAACCAUUUCUGCAAAGUCUGUCAAGUACAUUCAGACUCCAAGCUGAAAGAUGGCAAGUGCUCCAAGUGUAGCCGCUUAGGUGCACAGGAUGAAGCAAAAGAGGAGAAGGCUUUCGCUGGAGCAGAGGAGCUGUUUGGUGCCAGCUCAGAGAGCGACACUUCUACAUUUCAUGGCUUUGAGGAGGAUGAGCUGGAAGAGCCCCUGUCUAACAGCGGCGAGGCCUCUCCAAAGGGCAGAUAGAGAACAGUUUAAAAGAUGUGCCGUUUCUUUCUAACACAGCGCAUCCCCCUGCAAAAAUUCUGCUGCUUCUUUUUAAGAUUUCAUUUGUUUGUUUGUCUUUGUUUUUUCCUCUCCCUUUUAUUGGAAGCACAAGUCAUUGUAUCAGAAGAUGAUCUAUGGAAGUUUUAUCUUCCUUUUAAUGAGUUGUGAAUUAUUAUUGUUAUUAUUAUUAUUAUUAUUAUUAUUAUUAUUAUUAUUAUUAUUAUUUAUACAGUAAGAGCAAAUAAGAACAGACUUUUCUUUUCUUUCUUUCUUUGUUGUGUUUUUUUUUUUUUUUUUUUUAAAUUAAGAAAAAAUACUUUUCUAUUGUUUUCCCUUGAGGGGAAAUGAUGGUAUAAUAUAAAGGCUGUAAUGGACAGAUUAAUUGCAGAUUUAUUUCUGGAAUAAUUUUCCUGAGACUGAAGACACACACACACAAAAGAAACAAGAAACAACAACAAAAAAAAACUUAAAGGAGACCAUGCCCCUGUUAAGGAGUACAAGUCAGUGAAGAGAAGACAUGAACUUCAAAAUAAACUGGUAGCGUUUCAUGUCACUGGAAUUGCCAAGGGAUGCAACCGAGAUCUCCUCAAUAAGUCAACUGGGUACUUAGUCUUGUGUACUGUAACUGCGCCAAAAAUGGAAUUGGGACAACUUUUAAGGAGAGGAGUAGCAGAUGUAACGCCUCUCAUCCUGCUUUGGAGAUUAAGGAGCUAUUGUGAAGAAGAGCUUGAUCUGAAUCAACUGCGUAAAUGUGGGAGAUCAUGGCUAUGGAAAGCAGAGAGGAGCCGUGAAGGAGGAAGGAGAGAUGAGCUACUCUGGGAAGUGAUUUCCAGAGACUUAAUUCACCUCUUCAGUCUGCAGAAUGUCUGAGCCAGUGAAGCAGAGGAAGCCAGACAAACACCAGACUCACGGUCAUGGACAAGUAUUGAUUCCCCGCAACAACACCCCCCCCUUCCCCUUUCCUUUUUUUUUUUUUUUGGAAUUCAAAAAGCCUCUCAGACUGCUGCUGCUCCCCUCGUGUUGGUCUGCAGCCUGAAUCUGAGACCGUGAUCAGAGCCAUAUGAAACUCCUCCUCCCCUCUCUGUACUGCAGGAGUCUCUGACAGUCCAGGAGAGAUUCCUGUUCUAGCUUUACAGUGUCAUUUGGUAAGGUUACGACCUCAAAGACUGUACUUUUAAUAUGAAAACUACUCAGUUUUAUUCAGGUUCUUUAAAGCCAUUGUAUGAUUUUUGUUGUAACAUGAACAUACAGUGGGGUCUGUGAGAUGAGAUGAGAUGAGAUGUUGCGUUCACACAUUUAAAGAAAAGUGAUGAGAUGUUCCUGUUCUACACAAAAGCACAAAGCCAUCCUGCUAGCUUUAACUCUGAUUGGUCGGGUGCACUACAGCUGGGUUCUGUUUUCACGACUCGAUGUAUACCAUCAACGCCACGCAUCAUUUCUUCUGCAAGUGUGUGAACGUGACUUAAAAGCGGAGAGAGAAUGCUUUGUGUCGCUUUCUUCCCACAAACCCUGGUGCACAAAAUUUCUAUUCGGAAGCAACAUGGUGAAUAGCAUUGCGCUGUGUUUAACCCAGUCUCUCAGGGGAAGAUGAUCCUGACAGCCAUAUUUAAAACACACCACUAUCCAAUUCUCCAAAUGUGCAUCUUUUUAAAACUGCUGUUUCGAUACCAACCACACUUUUUGUUUUAUUUCACUAUUCUCAAUUCUCUACAGGAUCUCCAUUACCCCUCCUGCUCAGGCAUUUUCUUUUAAAUGUAGGACUGCUCCUUCCAUGCAGGUGCUGUAUACUGUAUAGUCAGGCUUCGUUACGCAUUCGGAAAAGGAUGAAGCUAAACGAACUAGAGUUAAGCUAACACUGGUGGGGUGUAACGCUGAGGAGACCGUGGCCCGGCAAAACCUUCCACUGCAUAGAGCAACCACUGAUCAAAAGCAGGUACAAAUAGAUAGAAUGUAGAUCCGUCAGCUACCCGGUGCUUUAAAAAAAAAAAAUGGGCUAAAAGGAUUUUCCCUGGCAUUUGCAUCAAAAUCAGAACAAUGUCUGCUCCAUUGUGUCACAAGGAACAAAAUGAAACGCAAUAUAAUGUGCAAGAAUGGUUUUCUUAUAACAGCUCAUACAAUAGUGUGUUAUUCCUCUUAAACUACAAAGAUUUGCCAAGGAUUACAAUUUAAUUUAUUAACCAUUGACUCUUUUUCUUUUUGUGCUGUUUAUCCAGAUGUAGUAGUGCAUGUUACGGACCAUCCGUGAAACAAAUCAGCUCCUGUUAUCGCCUUAGCAGCUUUAAUUGUUCCCUCACCAGCUUCCUUUUGUCUCUCUCCCUCUGUAGUAAAGCUAAUAAGACAAACAGGAAUAAGCAAACAUGGUUGACAUAAAGACGACUUCUUCUGGGGCUUUCCUGUUCCUAAUGAAAACAUCACUGUGUCAGUGACUAUGACAGUUGUUUUUUUUUCUUUUUGUUGUUAAAUAACUAUUUGCUUUUGUUUUUAAACUCCCAUUUAUUUUUAUGUGAAGUGUCCACUAUGCACGUUUCUGUGUAUAGGCGGAAACUACUGUCAGAGCUACUGUUAAAGAAUUGAGUAUUCCUAAUCAAUUAGGGAGAAAAAUAACGUUAUGUGUGUGUGUUUUUUUUUCUUUUGGUCAAAUUGUACAUAACUUCUUACUCACCCCACCACCCUCCCCCCCUGACCCAUAAAGAUUUAUAUGAAAAUAAUUGGUCAGUGCACUCAAGGAGCUCUGUGGAUUUGGAAAGCACGUUCCAUCACAUACGAGGGAUUGUUAUCACUCCACGGCUCUCGUCGCCGCUCAGAAACAGCCCGCGUGUUAAACCCCCGCGUAGCCGGGCUCGUCUUUACGGCUGUGCGGGUCACCCGGCGAUGCCAGCGGUGAACCAGAGGAGAUGAAACGUUCAUAUUCUCGACAUUUUUCCCCUUCACUGAAGUCUAAAGGUGCUGAGCUAAAGCCGUCAUUACGUCCAGCAUGGUGAAGAGGUUGGCACUCCAGGGUACAUGUUUCUAAAGCUGCAUCUUCACGGCACGCAGAUUUCCACUUGACGUGAAGAACACUCCGCCUCUGUGUAGGCCAGAAGACUCUGAGUGCUGUGAGAUGUUUAUUCACAUAUCUGAACCAUGUUCCCACACUGAGGUUCUGUGUGAUUUGAAAGAAAAUCCAGUUCUAUAUGCAGUCGGUGAAUUAGGCAUAAUGCUGUGAUGUACAUUUCAAUGCUUUUUGUUAUUUUUCUUUCUUUUUCUGAGAACAUUUUAUUUAUGUUUUAUGCAAGAAUAUUGUUGGCUUUGUCUGCUGCACAUCUAGUUUAGACUCUUCUAGGCCUGCAAUGUCAAUUGUGAGUUUCCACAUCCAGAGAUAUGAAGUGAUACGCAGUGAAUGACCGAAACGCGAACAUGACUGCUUACACCAUGACGUGGACCCGGUAUAAUAACACACUCAACCAAAUCCCCUCAGGGACCAUUAUCCGCACACUCAACAAGAGCAUGAGGACCGAUUCUCUGGAACGAGACAUUUUGUCCGUCAAGCAUUCUUCACUCGUAUCUACAGAUUAUAAAGAAUGGCGUGUGUUUGCUGAUCUUCCAGGCAGUGGAUCUUGUGCACUUUUUUUUUUGAACAACGAACACUCCUGCUGAGAGUGAAGGAUUGAUUCGAACGAAUAUAACCACGAACUUAAGCAACUGAUCUGAACUGUCGGAUAUUUUCUGCUAAUACGUUUGUAGUCAUUUCUGUACCUCAGAAAAGUCACUGAGCAAUAGGCCCAUGUUUUUUCUGCAUUCCUGGGGUUGGAACAAGAGCCAAUUUGAGGUGAAGGAGUUGAACUGAUUAUUUUGUCUGCAUCUGUACAAUAAUAUAAUCCAAAUGAAGUCUUUGUUAGUUGUUAUUUUUAUUGUGACAGAAGGAAUUAAAGAAUGAAUUAGA